AGCAGCCACCUCUCCCCAGACGCUCUCCUGCACUGACCUCUGCCACCCGCUCUGGCCUUUCCAUCAAGUUGACAUCCCCUGUGGUGCUCUCUGCCCGCGUACAUACAAGCCCUCUUCCUUUCAGUCUGCACUUGCAUCUCUGGGCUUCGUAUCUCAAGCAUCCUCAGCUCUGGGUCCACCAAGUUGGCAAUUCACUCUUGAACCAUUAAGAGCAAUUCCAGCACAACGCCGUCAUUCAGGUGCCUUGAUGCCCACAUCCACAUUCUCGCUCUCUGCGUGGUCCUGGGUCCUUUUCCUCCAUGUCUGACAGCCUGGAGGCUGAUGAACCCUCAGACCCGGGGUUCAUGUGCUCACCCUUCUCCACUGCACCACUGCCUGUAGCAGCCCAUCCUGCGCUGGCCUCUUCCCACCUCUCCCACUUCCUCACUCGCCUGACCUGUGCUGUGCUCUUCCUCCUUCAGGGGCUUCCUCAUGCGCUAGGCCCGCUCUGGGGGGCAGGUUCUCCACACCCACUCUCUCCUAGCUCCCUGGCGUCCCUCUGGCCACAGUAUGUUCCCGGAUCCUCUCAACAAGCCUCCCCUCCUGUCCUGGCUGCCGGGCCCCGUCUCCUGCGGUUCCUCACUCUCUGGCCUGUCGGACAGAGGUGAACCUCUCCUCAACCACUCUCUCUCAGUUGUCCGAGGCGGCUCACCUGACCUCCCACAUCCUGGGCCCGGUUUCUAGGUCUCUCCUCGUUUCUCCACGGUGCACACAGCAACACUUCAGCUACUCUCUGUGACCCCUCCAGCUUGCCUCAGUUGUCUCCUCUGCUGUGUGCUGCCUUCUCAGUGCCCCAUCCGCUGCUCAACCCAGUUCAGCCAUCUCUGCCUCAGACAUCCUGUGACACAGUGUCUGUCCACAUGCCCCAGCCUCCAAAGCUCCUGUCCUCCCAAAUGCCCCCAGUGUAACCUUUCCUGUUCCAUUCAGAUCGUUUCACGCUCCUCUAAUGCAUUCGUGGGAAACCCUUCCUGACUCUCUGCCUUUCUCCCUUCACCACAGUCCUGCUACCUUUAGUCUUCUGCCGCGCUGCCACCCGUCACUACCCCAGCCUCCCUCUGCACAGAGCCCUGGGCCUGCUGCCGCCCUCCUCCUCCCCUCCCUCCUAGCAGCCACCUCUCCCCAGACGCUCUCCUGCACUGACCUCUCCCACCCGCUCUGGCCUUUCAAUCAGUGUGGACGUCCCCUCUGGUUUUCUCUGCCCGCGUACAUACAAGCCCUCUUCCUUUCAGUCUGCACUUGCAUCUCUGGGCUUCGUAUCUCAAGCAUCCUCAGCUCUGGGUCCACCAAGUUGGCAACUCACUCUUGAACCAUUAAGAGCAAUCCAGCACAACGCCGUCAUUCAGGUGCCUUGAUGCCCACAUCCACAUUCUCGCUCUCUGCGUGGUCCUGGGUCCUUUUCCUCCAUGUCUGACAGCCUGGAGGCUGAUGAACCCUCAGACCCGGGGUUCAUGUGCUCACCCUUCUCCACUGCACCACUGCCUGUAGCAGCCCAUCCUGCGCUGGCCUCUUCCCACCUCUCCCACUUCCUCACUCGCCUGACCUGUGCUGUGCUCUUCCUCCUGCAGGGGCUUCCUCAUGCCCUAGGCCCACUUUGGGGGGCAGGUUCUCCACACCCACUCUCUCCUAGCUCCCUGCUCUCCCUCUGGCCACAGUACGUUCCCAGAUCCUCUCAACAAGCCUCCCCUCGUAUCCUGGCUGCCAGGCGCUGUCUCUUGCGGUUCCUCACUCUGGCCUGUCGGACAGAGGUGGACCUCUCUUCCAGCUCCCACUCUCAGUUGUCCGAGGUGGUUCACCUGACCUCCCACAUCCUGGGCCCAGCUUUUAGGUCUCUCCUGGUUUCUCUAGGGCGCACACAGCAACAGUUCCACUACUCUCUGUGUCGCCUCCAGCUUGCCUCAGUUGUCUCCUCUGCUGUGUGCUGCCUUCUCAGUGCCCCAUCCGCUGCUCAACCCAGUUCAGCCAUCUCUGCCUCAGACAUACUGUUACACAGUGGCUGUCCACAUGCCCCAGCCUCCAAAGCUCCUGUCCUCCCAAAUGCCCCCAGUGUAACCUUUCCUGUUCCAUUCAGAUCGUUUCACGCUCCUCUGACGCAUUCGUGGGAUACCCUUCCUGACUCUCUGCCUUUCUCCCUUCACCACAGUACUGCUACCCUUAGUCUUCUGCCGCGCUGCCACCCGUCAGUACCCCAGCCUCCCUCUGCACAGAGCCAUGGGCCUGCUGCCCCACUCCUCUACCCCUCCCUCCUAGCAGCCACCACUCCCCAGACGCUCUCCUCACUGACCUCUCCCACCUGCUCUGGCCUUUCCAUCGGUGUGGACGUCCCCUCUGGUGCUCCCUGCCCGCGUACGUACAAGCCCUCUUCCUUUCAGUCUGCACUUAUAUCUCUGGGCUUCGUAUCUCAAGCAUCCUCAGCUCUGGGACCACCAAGUUGGCAAUUCACUCUUGAACCAUUAAGGGCAAUUCCAGCACAACGCCAUCAUUCAGGUGCCUUGAUGCCUACAUCCAUUUGCUCGCUGUCUGCGUGGUCCUGGGUCCUCUUCGUCCAUGUCUGACAGCCUGGAGGCUGAUGAACCCUCAGACCUGGGGUUCAUGUGCUCACCCUUCUCCACUGCACCACUGCCUGUAGCAGCCCAUCCUGUGCUGGCCUCUUCCCACCUCUCCCACUUCCUCACUCGCCUGACCUGUGCUGUGCCCUUCCUCCUGCAGGGGCUUCCUCUUGCCCUCAGCCCACUUUGGGGGGCAGGUUCUCCACACCCACUCUCUCCUAGCUCCCUGCCGUCCCUCUGGCCACAGUAUGUUCCCGGAUCCUCUCAGCAAGCCUCCCCUCCUGUCCUGGCUGCCGGGCCCCGUCUCCUGCGGUUCCUCACUCCCUGGCCUGUCGCACAGAGGUGGACCUCUCCUCCGCCACCCUCUCUCAGUUGUCUGAGGCGGCUCACCGGACCUCCCACAUCCUGGGCCCGGUUUCUGGGUCUCUCCUGGUUUCUCUAGGGCGCACACAGCAACAGUUCCACUACUCUCUGUGACCCCUCCAGCUCGUCUCAGGUGUCUCCUCUGCUCUGUGUUUCCCUCUCGGUGCCCUAUCCGCUGCUCAACCCAGUUCAGCUGUCUCUGCCUCAGACAUCCUGUGACACAGUGCCUGUCCACAUGCCCCAGCCUCCAAACCUCCUGUCCUCCCAAAUGCCCCCAAUGUAACCUUUCCUGUUCCAUUCAGAUCGUUUCACGCUCCUCUGACGCAUUCGUGGGAAACCCUUCCUGGCUCUCUGCCUUCAUCCCUUCACCACAGUACUGCUACCUUUAGCCUCCUGCCGCGCUGCCACCCGUCACUACCCCAGCCUCCUUCUGCACAGAGCCCUGGGCCUGCUGCCGCCCUCCUCCUCCCCACCCUCCUAGCAGCCACCUCUCCCCAGACGCUCUCCUGCACUGACCUCUGCCACCCGCUCUGGCCUUUCCAUCAAGUUGACAUCCCCUGUGGUGCUCUCUGCCCGCGUACAUACAAGCCCUCUUCCUUUCAGUCUGCACUUGCAUCUCUGGGCUUCGUAUCUCAAGCAUCCUCAGCUCUGGGUCCACCAAGUUGGCAAUUCACUCUUGAACCAUUAAGAGCAAUUCCAGCACAACGCCGUCAUUCAGGUGCCUUGAUGCCCACAUCCACAUUCUCGCUCUCUGCGUGGUCCUGGGUCCUUUUCCUCCAUGUCUGACAGCCUGGAGGCUGAUGAACCCUCAGACCCGGGGUUCAUGUGCUCACCCUUCUCCACUGCACCACUGCCUGUAGCAGCCCAUCCUGCGCUGGCCUCUUCCCACCUCUCCCACUUCCUCACUCGCCUGACCUGUGCUGUGCUCUUCCUCCUUCAGGGGCUUCCUCAUGCGCUAGGCCCGCUCUGGGGGGCAGGUUCUCCACACCCACUCUCUCCUAGCUCCCUGGCGUCCCUCUGGCCACAGUAUGUUCCCGGAUCCUCUCAACAAGCCUCCCCUCCUGUCCUGGCUGCCGGGCCCCGUCUCCUGCGGUUCCUCACUCUCUGGCCUGUCGGACAGAGGUGAACCUCUCCUCAACCACUCUCUCUCAGUUGUCCGAGGCGGCUCACCUGACCUCCCACAUCCUGGGCCCGGUUUCUAGGUCUCUCCUCGUUUCUCCACGGUGCACACAGCAACACUUCAGCUACUCUCUGUGACCCCUCCAGCUUGCCUCAGUUGUCUCCUCUGCUGUGUGCUGCCUUCUCAGUGCCCCAUCCGCUGCUCAACCCAGUUCAGCCAUCUCUGCCUCAGACAUCCUGUGACACAGUGUCUGUCCACAUGCCCCAGCCUCCAAAGCUCCUGUCCUCCCAAAUGCCCCCAGUGUAACCUUUCCUGUUCCAUUCAGAUCGUUUCACGCUCCUCUAAUGCAUUCGUGGGAAACCCUUCCUGACUCUCUGCCUUUCUCCCUUCACCACAGUCCUGCUACCUUUAGUCUUCUGCCGCGCUGCCACCCGUCACUACCCCAGCCUCCCUCUGCACAGAGCCCUGGGCCUGCUGCCGCCCUCCUCCUCCCCUCCCUCCUAGCAGCCACCUCUCCCCAGACGCUCUCCUGCACUGACCUCUCCCACCCGCUCUGGCCUUUCAAUCAGUGUGGACGUCCCCUCUGGUUUUCUCUGCCCGCGUACAUACAAGCCCUCUUCCUUUCAGUCUGCACUUGCAUCUCUGGGCUUCGUAUCUCAAGCAUCCUCAGCUCUGGGUCCACCAAGUUGGCAACUCACUCUUGAACCAUUAAGAGCAAUCCAGCACAACGCCGUCAUUCAGGUGCCUUGAUGCCCACAUCCACAUUCUCGCUCUCUGCGUGGUCCUGGGUCCUUUUCCUCCAUGUCUGACAGCCUGGAGGCUGAUGAACCCUCAGACCCGGGGUUCAUGUGCUCACCCUUCUCCACUGCACCACUGCCUGUAGCAGCCCAUCCUGUGCUGGCCUCUUCCCACCUCUCCCACUUCCUCACUCGCCUGACCUGUGCUGUGCUCUUCCUCCUGCAGGGGCUUCCUCAUGCCCUAGGCCCACUUUGGGGGGCAGGUUCUCCACACCCACUCUCUCCUAGCUCCCUGCUCUCCCUCUGGCCACAGUACGUUCCCAGAUCCUCUCAACAAGCCUCCCCUCGUAUCCUGGCUGCCAGGCGCUGUCUCUUGCGGUUCCUCACUCUGGCCUGUCGGACAGAGGUGGACCUCUCUUCCAGCUCCCACUCUCAGUUGUCCGAGGUGGUUCACCUGACCUCCCACAUCCUGGGCCCAGCUUUUAGGUCUCUCCUGGUUUCUCUAGGGCGCACACAGCAACAGUUCCACUACUCUCUGUGUCGCCUCCAGCUUGCCUCAGUUGUCUCCUCUGCUGUGUGCUGCCUUCUCAGUGCCCCAUCCGCUGCUCAACCCAGUUCAGCCAUCUCUGCCUCAGACAUACUGUUACACAGUGGCUGUCCACAUGCCCCAGCCUCCAAAGCUCCUGUCCUCCCAAAUGCCCCCAGUGUAACCUUUCCUGUUCCAUUCAGAUCGUUUCACGCUCCUCUGACGCAUUCGUGGGAUACCCUUCCUGACUCUCUGCCUUUCUCCCUUCACCACAGUACUGCUACCCUUAGUCUUCUGCCGCGCUGCCACCCGUCAGUACCCCAGCCUCCCUCUGCACAGAGCCAUGGGCCUGCUGCCCCACUCCUCUACCCCUCCCUCCUAGCAGCCACCACUCCCCAGACGCUCUCCUCACUGACCUCUCCCACCUGCUCUGGCCUUUCCAUCGGUGUGGACGUCCCCUCUGGUGCUCCCUGCCCGCGUACGUACAAGCCCUCUUCCUUUCAGUCUGCACUUAUAUCUCUGGGCUUCGUAUCUCAAGCAUCCUCAGCUCUGGGACCACCAAGUUGGCAAUUCACUCUUGAACCAUUAAGGGCAAUUCCAGCACAACGCCAUCAUUCAGGUGCCUUGAUGCCUACAUCCAUUUGCUCGCUGUCUGCGUGGUCCUGGGUCCUCUUCGUCCAUGUCUGACAGCCUGGAGGCUGAUGAACCCUCAGACCUGGGGUUCAUGUGCUCACCCUUCUCCACUGCACCACUGCCUGUAGCAGCCCAUCCUGUGCUGGCCUCUUCCCACCUCUCCCACUUCCUCACUCGCCUGACCUGUGCUGUGCCCUUCCUCCUGCAGGGGCUUCCUCUUGCCCUCAGCCCACUUUGGGGGGCAGGUUCUCCACACCCACUCUCUCCUAGCUCCCUGCCGUCCCUCUGGCCACAGCAUGUUCCCGG